CUUGAAAGAUUUUGGUCAUGGUGUGUUGAUGUGGCCCUGUGUAUACUGCAAAGGUAUCUGAGCAUUUUAGUGGGCUGUAUAUCGUUAAUAUGGACAACACCGGUAAAGAAAAAGAGGCUAUGGCUCUCAUGGCAGAAGCUGAAAAGAAAGUAAAGUCCUCGCAGUCUUUCUUCGGCUCGUUGUUUGGGGGCUCUUCAAAGAUGGAGGAGGCAUGUGACAUGUAUGGGAGAGCAGCUAACAUGUUCAAGAUGGCAAAGAACUGGAGUGCUGCGGGAAAUGCCUUCUCCCAGGCUGCACUACUUCACCUACAGAUGCAGAACAAACAUGACGCAGCAACUAACUUCAUUGACGCAGGAAAUGCUUUUAAAAAAGCAGACCCACAAGAGGCCAUAAACUGCUUGAACAGAGCCAUCGAGAUUUACACAGAUAUGGGUCGUUUCACAAUUGCAGCAAAGCAUCAUGUCACCAUUGCAGAGAUAUAUGAGACUGAGCUGGUCGAUAUUGACAAGGCUAUAGCUCACUAUGAACAGGCAGCAGACUACUACAAAGGGGAGGAGUCCAUCAGCUCAGCCAACAAGUGCCUGCUAAAAGUGGCCUCUUACGCUGCUCAGCUGGAGCAGUACCCAAAAGCCAUUGAGAUAUAUGAACAGAUUGGGACACAUGCCAUGGACAGCACUUUGCUGAAAUACAGUGCUAAGGACUAUUUUUUCAAGGCAGCUCUGUGCCACUUCUGUGUUGACAUGCUUAAUGCCAAGCUGGCUCUACAGAAGUAUGAAGAAAUGUUUCCAGCCUUUUCAGACUCACGAGAAUGCAAAUUGGUAAAGAAACUUUUAGAUGCCUUUGAAGAACAGAAUGUUGAUGCUUAUACUGACUCAGUAAAAGAAUAUGACACGAUUUCAAGGCUGGAUCAGUGGCUCACCACAAUGUUGCUUCGCAUCAAAAAAACCAUGCGGGAAGACGACAGCGACCUGCGUUAAUGCCCUGCUCUUCCCUCGUCUCCUGCCCCCCCCCCCCCCCCCCAACCUCUUUAUUUCCUUCUGCAAUUCUCCUUGAAUCCUCUGCAGGAUCAACUUCCCCCUUGCCUUUUAUCUUGCUCAUAUCAUCAGCUCAGUGACUUCCUGCCCAGGUUGUAUUUUUUUUUCCCUCCCCUCGCUCCCUCUCCUCGUACCUAGCUGCCUCUCUUUCUUUGGCCCGUGCUGGUUACCUGGCCUGCGUUCGCACCUUGGGAAACACUAAGCACUGAGCAGUGCCUGGCAUGUUUAGAAUAGAGCCGAGGAACAGUGCCUUAGAACUGAAACCAGCUGCAUAUUGGUGUGAAGUCUAGCCUAGACACAUUCUGUGGUAUCACACUUUGUGCUCACUGACAUGAUGAGCACUUUUAGUACUAUGCACAGAAAGCAUUUUUUUUUGAUAACUCUGCAAUGAUGCUGUAUUCCACAGUGUAACAUUCUGGAUGGCAUUUUUUAAAAAUGUGCCAGUAUAAAGUUCUAAAAACUUAUUACUGCAUUUUUCCUUGUCAUGUUUUCCCUGUGUAGCCUCUAGCUGAUCCAAUUAUUUUUCUCUCUGGUUUCUUUUUUUUUUUUUUAGACAUUGAUAUUAAAAUGUUUCAAAUGGCUAUUUCUGUUAAUAGUCUUUAAAACAAUGAAAGAAAUUAAAUGGAUGAAAUGUGUA